UCCUCUUCCGCUUGUGGGAUUCAUAGACGCAGUUAGUAAACAUGACCGCCUCUGUUAUCGUCCGAAGGUUAGCGGCUCUGUCCGGGGCUUCUGCGGUGGCAGCAGGGGCGUACGGGGCUCACGGCUUCAAAAACAGCGAUCCUGAUGAUUACCAGAGAGUGCUAUUUGAGACUGCCAACAAGUACCAUUUCUACCACAGCCUGGCCCUGCUGGGUGCUGCCCACUCUGGCAAACCCGCUGUGGCCGGUACUCUGCUGAUAGCAGGUAUGGGGAUGUUCUGUGGCUCUCUGUACCACCAGGCUCUGACGGGGGACCCUGGUCUACGCAAAGUGGCUCCCAUGGGGGGCGUAGCUAUGAUCGUCGGCUGGCUGGCCAUGAUUCUCUGAACUGUAUCAGCUCACAUCUCCUCCACAGGGCAACCGUGCGACACUAAACUGUCAGACUACUAAUGGAUGGACUGGAGAGCCCAUGAGAUUAGGCUGAGAAGCUGACUUAUAAUGUCACCCGUCUAACCGCUCCCUGCAUCAGGUCGUGGGUGUCAGCAGGUGAUAAGGUCACAACAGGAUUAUCACUUUUCAAGCAUUGCUGUCUGUUUCUGACUGAUGCCCUGGGACUGUUUUGUUUGAGUUAAACUGGAUAAGCAAAUGAGUACAGUAUGUCGAGCAUUUUGUCACCUCAGUAAUUUGAUUUGUAAUGGCAUGUAAAUUUUGUACUGGGAAAUAAAUCACUGAUGAACCAAUAGAAAUUCCCAAUUCUGUACAUAAGUUUGUGAUGGUAAAUGAUACAGUCAGUAUGAAGGCUUCAUUCUUACUUUCUGCUGUCUUGCCUGGUUCUUCCACAUGGAUGAGUUUUUUCAUUACCUCCUCAAGUGAUCGGCUCACGCAUCCGUCCAUUUCCGUCUGUCAGAAAGAGCAUGACCAAAUGUCAACAAUGAACAUCCAUAUUAGUGUCAAAUCUGCUGCACACACUCAUUCUCCUGAUAAGGAGACCAUCCACCAGACUGAAUGUCACUAUGAGGUAUAUCCUCUGUCAGUUCAAAGCUGUGUGGUGAGGAUUUCUACAACUGGAUUAUCUGGGAAUAAAUAAACUAUUGGAUGGAUUGAAAUAAAAUU